CAUAUAUUUCACUCAUUUUUAAAAACAUAAUGUCAUCUCCAGAAGUACUAGCUGGACUCAAAAUUUGAGUUAAAGAUUGCAUCAGACAAGACAGAAAUUUUAAGGGGAAAUUUGGAGAUUUUGUGACCAAAAUGGAAGCAAAUGAAGCAAGGGAAUCAUUUUUCACAACAAAACUAUUUGGUCAAGAAACCAAGAGAACAUGUGAAAGAAUUUGGAGAUGCUUAAAAAAAGAUAAAGUCACUAGCAUUGGCAUAUAUGGAGUUAAAGGGGUUGGAAAAACAACCUUAGCCAAGCUAAUAAAUCAUCUUCUCCAACAAAAAACUCAAUCCCAAGUUAUUUGGAUAAAUAUUUCUCAAGAAUUCAGCAUCAAGGAAUUGCAAAAUGAUAUUGCUGCAGCCAUUGGAUUGGAUCUUUUAGAGGAAGAAGAUGAAGAGAAGAGGGCGAUCGCGUUACACGAAUCAUUCAAAGGGAAAAAGGAUUUUGUUCUAAUUUUGGAUGAUGCAUUAGAAGAUAUACCUUUAAAGAUGUUAGGGAAUCCUUUAAAAGUUGAAGGGGGAAGGUUGAUAGUAACAAGUUGUUUGCUCGAAACGUGUCGAAAAAUGGGAUGUCAAAGGAAAUUUGGAGUGAAAAAACUAGAAGAAGAGGAAUCUUGGAGCUUGUUUAUAGAAAAACUUGGAAAUGAGAAAGUAGUAAUUCCUCAAGAAGUAGAAGAAAUGGCUAAGUUUGUGGUAAAUAAUUGUGGUGGCCUUCCACUUAGGAUAAUUACAAUAGCUAAAAGCCUAAAAGGGUUAGAAUUGGAUGGUCUUAAUAAGUGGAAAAAGGCCCUGGAAAAUAUUAUUCAAGAAUCUUUUAAAGGGGAAAACAAUGAUGUUAUACAAAUGUUGCUGUAUAGUUUUAAUUGUUUGAAGGAGCAAAACUUACAACAAUGUUUCUUGUAUUGUUGUUUGUAUCCAGAAGAUGAGAAAAUUCCAAAGGAUCAAUUGAUAAGUAGAUUCAUUUUAGAGGGGCUAAUCGAUACAAAGGAGACUCGCGAGGCAGAGUUUGAGCAGGGAUAUGAGAUAUUAAGCAGAUUGGAAAGUGUUUGUUUGUUGGAAAGUGCCAUAGACAGCAAAGGUAAUCAAUGUGUGAAAAUGCAUAAUUUGAUUAGAGACAUGGCAAUGAGGAUCACUUAUGAAAAUCCUAUGUUUAUGGUAAAAGCCGGAGUUCAACUCAAUGAUGCACCAAAGGAACAUGAAUGGCUGGAAAAUUUGGACAAGGUAUUGUUAAAACUUUAUUUACUUGACAUUAUAUAUAAAGAGAUAAUAAUUGUAUGUUAUUUGUUAGUAUCUCUAAUGAGGAACAAGAUAGCUGAAAUUCCAGCAGGAACAUCAGCUAAGUGUCCUAAGCUAACAACCUUAAUGUUGCAGCAGAAUUAUCACUUAUGGAAAAUUCCAGAUUCUUUUUUCGAGCACAUGAAGGCGUUACGUGUUCUUGAUAUAAGUCACACUUGCAUUGAGAAGUUACCUGAUUCUGUAUCCGACUUGGAGAACCUCACUGCUCUUUUACUUGCAUUUUGUUGGAACCUAAGGUCAAUUCCAACUUUGGAAAAACUCAAGGCGUUGCAGGAAUUGGAUUUGAGUGGCACCGCGAUUCAAACUAUGCCUGAAGCCCUUGAGACUAUGUUGAACCUCAAAUCCCUGAAUUUGCAUGCAAUGCGUUGGCUCGAGAAAAUACCAAUAGGGAUAUUGUCCCAAAUCUCCUCUCUCAAACGGUUAGUGUUAUCGCAUCAUACAGACGUAGAAGGGGAGGAACUAGAGGAGCUAAAAGAGUUGGAAGAAUUUCAAGGUAGGUUCUGUAAUGUUCAAGACUUCAACCAAUUCAUUAAAGCUCAAGAAAAUGAGGGAUGCCUUAGGUUUUAUAGAAUUUUAGUAGGUCAAUAUGAUGGCUUGGGACCAAUGACACAAAUCCAAUUCAAUCAUAACAGGUUUUCCGAUAAAUUAGUCAAGUGUUACGGACUUGGGAAAGAAGAUGAAGUGUUAUUGCUUCCACAGGACAUCGAGCACCUGAAAAUUGAGAGCUGCAAUAACUUCAGUGGCUGUCUUUCAGAUUGUUUGCCGCGUCUUUAUGAUUCUAUAGAUUUAAAGUACUUCAAAGUACGUUGGUGCAACAAACUAGAGUAUCUUAUGAGGAUAGAAGAGGGACAAGAAUCCGUCUUAUUUCAUUUUCUCGAGCAUCUUGAUCUCCUCGAGUUGCAUAGUUUCAUUGGCAUUUUUGAUGAAUGGGAAACAAGUUUAAGAGAUUCUAUUUCACUAACUGGUAUCUUUUCUUGCCUUAGAAUGAUACGAAUCGAGAGAUGUCACAGUAUUAAGAAGCUAUUUCCAAUUGGUUUAUGCUCAAACAUGCAAAAUCUUGAGAGAAUAUAUGUACUCUCUUGUAGUCAAAUAGAGGAAAUAAUUGCAGACGAAAAUGAUGGAAUCAUCGUCCUUCCUAAAUUGACAAGAAUAUACUUAUGGUCUUUGCCUGAAUUGAAAAGCAUAUGCAAUGGAAAAAUGGAGUGCAACUCAAUCAAGAAAGUGUCAAUAAAGGAAUGUGAUAAGUUAAGGAAAUUGCCUUUCUUUUUUUCCCCUGAAGAGGAAGAUGAGAAAUUUACCAUUCCUUCAACUCUUAGAGAGAUAGCUAUACAUUCAAGUGAUAAAGAAUGGUGGGAAUCAUUGGAUUGGGAUAGUCCAAACACUAGAAAUGAGCUUCAGCACUUUGUUAACUAUUGGUAAGAAUUGUGUUCUUGAUUGAAGUUAAGGUAUUCAGACAACUCAAUAAAAGGGCAGCCCGGUGCACUAAGCUCCUGCUCUGCGCGGGGUUCGGGAAAGAGCUGGGCAACAAGGGUCUAUUGUACGCAGUCUUAUCCUAUAUUUCUGCAAGAGACUAUUUUCACGGCUCAAACGCGUGACCACCUGAUCACAUGACAUAAAUUUUACCAGUUACGCCAAGACUCCCCUUCAGAAAACCCAAUAAGUUAUGUAAUAGUUUUUAUGCCUAUGACUCCAAAUGUUUUUGUUUUGGUUUUUUCCUUUAGUCAGCUUCUAUAGUUGAAGCUGAAUUCUUGGUGGU